UAUUGUGGGAUUUGUAGUCCUGCAGUUUUUUUCAGUGUUACCCUAAAUUCCUGUACACUACAGGCUGGAGGCUGCAAAACAACUAUCAAACCAGUGUGGAUCAUCUUAUUCCAGCAGAACCUGAUGUGCUGCCCUUUACCAGAAUGGAUCAGGACUUGAGUUCUCCAGUGGUCGUACAGGAGAGGUUAGAGGUGAAGACCGAGAAUGACAAGACGCACACUGAGGGUCAUGUGACCACCAUCAAGCGUGAAAACGAUACAUUCACUGAUGAUGGUUUUCCAGUGGUCCCACCAGAAAGUUUAAUGGUGAAGACAGAAGAGCCAGAUACCAAAAUAAAGACUGAAAGUGUUACAUCUAUAACCAAUGGUUUUCCACAAGACGUACCAGAGAGUUUUUAUAUAAAGACAGAGUUAGAAUCGAUAGCCACAGAGGACCACUUAAUGGCAAUAAAGAUUGUUAAAGAUCCAUCCCCGGAUGAUGGUUUUCCACAAGACGUACCAGAGAGUUUUUAUAUAAAGACAGAGUUAGAAUCGAUAGCCACAGAAGACCACUUAAUGGCAAUAAAGAUUGUUAAAGAUCCAUUCCCGGAUGAUGAGAACAUCUUGAAUAUUACACACCCAUACCAGAGAACUACGCUGAUACCACAGAGCCCAAAAGUCCUAAAAGCUAAUGAUUAUUACCAAACAUUGGAUGUAUCCGAGAAGAUAUUGCAAGUUACUGUUGGAGAACAUACAGCAUGCACAAAGACCAAUACAGUUUUGCAACAAAAAGACAUUUUUCGCCUCUUAUCUCAACAAAAGAUGGCCACAGAGGACACAACUUUUAUAGUUAACGAAUAUUUAAAAAGUAUGGAACAAAGGGAAAGUCUUCAAUCUCAGCAAAAUUUUCAAACAGAGGGGAAACGAUUCACCUGUAUAGAAUGUAGAAAAAACUUUACACGAAAAUCAAGUCUUCUAAGACACCAACGGAUUCAUACAGGGGAGAAGCCUUUCUCAUGUAAAGCAUGUGGGAAAGAUUUCAGUGAAAAGAGUCACCUAAUACGUCAUGAAAGGAUCCACACAGGGGAGAAACCAUUCACUUGUACGGAAUGUGGCAAAAGUUUUCCAUGGAGGUCAGUUCUUCUAAGUCAUCAAAAUAUUCACACAGGGAUAAAAGUUUUCACCUGUAAAGAAUGUGGAAAAAGCUGUACACGCAAGUCAGAUUUCCGAAACCACCUAAGGGUUCAUACAGGAGAAAAGCCUUUCCUUUGUACAAUGUGUGGCAAAUGUUUCAAAGAUAAAAGUAGUCUCACAUGUCAUAAAAGGAUUCAUACAGGGGUGAAACCAUUCACCUGCACGGAAUGUGGCAAAGGUUUUAUAGAUAAGUCAGACCUCCUGAAACAUCAAAGAGUUCAUACAGGGGUUAGGCCAUUUAUGUGUAUGGAGUGUGGAAAAAGCUUUGCAGACAAGUCAUACCUCCGAACACACCAGAGGAUUCACACCGGGGAGAAACCGUUCACCUGCACAGAGUGUGGAAAAUGUUUCGUAGAAAGGAAUCAUCUCAAAUCUCAUAAAAUGAUACACACAGGGGAGAGACCUUUCACUUGUACAGAGUGUGGGAAAAGAUUAAAAAAGAAGUCAGAUCUCUUACAACACCAAAUGAUUCACACAGGGGAGAGGCCUUUCACAUGCACAGAAUGUGGGAAAUGUUUUACAAAAAAGAGUCAUCUUAUCAAUCAUUUAGUGACCCACAACAAGGAGAAACCAUUCGCAUGUACUGAUUGCCGGAAAACAUUUAAACAGAAAUCGUAUCUUCUAAAACACCUAAAGAUUCACCAUGGAGUACAAACUGUCAUGUGAUUGUGAAUAUUUUUGUAUGCUAAUAGAAGUGCCGUUUGUAAUUUUUCCAGAUAGGUAAAACAGUUCACAUGUUCAGAGUGUCCUAAACUAUAAAAUAAACUAACAUAGUGGGUGAGUUUAAAAUAGAUUUUAGUGCGUAAACAUCUCACAUUCUGCAAUAGAUUUUUUUACACCACCACUUGCCUGGUAAUCUCUGUUAAACCCUAUUAUGUUAGGCUUGUGAAACCUGCCAUGUGCACUUCCAGGUGUCAGAAUUGAAAAACUUCUUAAUGUGCAGACUUGAAUUACAAAAAAAGGGCCAAAAUAAAUAAUAAAAAUAUAUUUCAAAGUUAUUUUACUGCACAUAAUCACACAAUUAUAUCAAAAUCGGUAAAAGUGUUUACCGUCCUUUUAAUAGAGGUUACUUAAGUAUUGUCCGUCACCUUGUCACUACUGUACAUCCUUUAUAGUCUCAGCUGGUCAAUGCUAUAAGUGCAUAUCAAGCAGGGACAAUGCAUGUUUAAUGUUCUAUGUCGAGGUAGGCAAACUUUUGUUAGUGCUGUGUCGAAAUGUAUUUAUAUAAGGAACAAGGAAUUGAUUGUUAAGAAAUGAAUAUUUAGUUUAUCAUUAUUAUUAAUAACAAAUACAUACUAUAUAUAUAUAUAUAUAUAUAUAUAUAUAUAUAUAUAUAUAUAAUUUAUGAAGAAAAUGUAGUUUUAAAGUUGAUACAUUGAACAUACUGGUCAGAAAAAUCAGGAAAAUGUCUGCUUGUGACCUCAGACCCUUGUCAGCCCCCUUAUGACACCAGACCGCUCUGUCAGCCCAAUGCCCCCUUAUGACACCAGACCGCUCUGUCAGCCCCAUGCCCACUUAUGAGCUUAGACCAGACCCCUCUUUCAGACUCAUCUCUGCUUGUGACCUCAGAUUGUGCUGUAGACUGUCUCAUAUACUGCAGCAUUACCCAUUGUUACUUAUGUCAUUAAACAGAAGAUUAUACAUCUACAGCCUGACUAUAAAAUUCUAGCACACAUGACAAAAUAUUAUGAUAACCACACCAACAGACUUUUCUCUUUUUUAACUACUUGCCAAUGGAAUAAACAAAGAUGAUUGUAUCUAAAA